AUGGAUUACACGCAGCGAUCUCAAAAUAUCUAUGCUAACCAUGACCAUGUAGUAGCGAUAAAAUGUGUCCCAAAGGGAAAACUAGGGAAGUCACAACCUCUGAUUGGCAAAGAGAUCAAAAUACUUCAGGAACUUACAAAACUACAGCAUAAGAAUGUUGUUGCCCUUCUGGAGUGCGUGGAUUCGCCCAAGAAUUUGUACAUAGUAAUUGAGUAUUGCAAUGGCGGGGACUUAUCAGAAUAUUUAAAUGCUAAGGGAAGUCUUAGUGAAGACACUAUUAGAUUAUUUCUCAGGCAGAUUGCUGAAGCAAUGAAGGUAUUAAAUCAAAAAGAAGUUGUCCACCGUGAUUUAAAACCACAAAAUAUUUUGUUAUGUCACUCUGGUAAACCUAAUCCAUUGCCAUCUGAGAUAACACUCAAAAUUGCUGACUUUGGAUUUGCCAGGUUCUUGACUGAUGGAGUAAUGGCAGCAACACUGUGUGGUUCACCUAUGUAUAUGGCUCCUGAAGUUAUUAUGUCUCUAAAAUAUGAUGCAAAAGCAGAUCUUUGGAGUAUAGGCACUAUAGUGUAUCAGUGUUUGACUGGGAAAGCUCCUUUCAUGGCUCCUAAUCCUCAACAAUUAAAACAUUUUUAUGAAAAGAAUGCUAAUUUGGCUCCUAGUAUACCCAGUGGCACAUCUCAAGAACUCACCGAUUUACUUAUUCGCUUGAUGAAACGAGAUGCCAAAGAUAGAAUGGAUUUUGAUGAGCUUUUCAAUCAUCCAUUCUUGAAAGCUGUGCCUCGAAGCAGUUCUCCAGUUCCAGUACCAACACGACGUUCAGUGUCACCUAAGGUAUCUCCUUCAAGUCCUAGUUCCCCUUAUGGCUCUCCUGCACCACAGAGCUGGGAUAGGGAAGUGGGUGGAGAAGACAUGGCUCAAAGUUCGUCAUCACUCUCUCCAUCUCCUAUAAACAACUCUAAUAUGUAUACAAAUUCUGAGCAGCGGUAUUCUCCACCCUCACCUAUUGAACAGGGAUUUGUUGUUGUGCCUCCUAAUUUACCUGAAGAAACUAGAUAUGGUGAAAUGAACAAAAAUAGUUCCUUGAAGCACCAUCUGAGUGAUCCUAAUGUAUCGCCCUCAAAAAUGCCAGUAACAAAUUCAGCAUUUAAGAAAUCUACUCAUAAUACCAAUAUAAACCUUGCUACUAAAGCUGUUAAAUACCAGAUGAUGCAUGUCACUUCAGAAGAGCAGCCUCAUACUUCAUCCAUGCAAAUCUCUGAAACUGGUUCUGAUAACCAUGUAGCACCAACUAACGUAUUAGUAGAUGCUGUACCUGUGCCAACACAGAAAGUAGCCUAUGAACAGAUCGAACACAGUCUUCAAAAUACUCCUGCCUCUUCACCCCAGGAAGGUUUUGAUCUCUCUAAAAAGAUAUUGUCUCCUGGGACUUCACCUACUUCGCCAAAGGAAUCUGCACCUGCAUUUUCUGACAGAACACGAAGAGAUUCCGUUAAUUCUGGUGGCAGUGAUACCUUUCGCAUUGCAGAUAUCAGCUCAUUUACCCCACCUACAGUUCAAUUUACUAUUGGCACACCACCUGCAGGUGGUAGGAUUAGGAGUUUCAGUGGCAGUACACCACCACCAGGUUCAGGACGUCAGACACCCACCAGCUGGAGACAUCAGGCUACUCCUCCACAAGCUUUCUCUGGAUCACCACUGAGGCGGUCAGGAUCUACACCUCCACUAAAUUGUUGCAUGCCAAGCAAUUCUGUAUCACCCAUACCCUGCAGAGAGUUAAGGCGCUGUGAUCCUUAUCACUGUCGCAAUGAGCACGGAGCAUUUAGGGCCUUAGAUUUCAGGAACAAUUCUACUUGUCCUCUUCGAGCUACAUUUGGUGCCGGAAGAGCAAUGACUCUCCCUGAGUUCAACACAAAGGAUAUAUGGCCAAGUGGAACUAUACCUGAAACAGAAGACAUGAAUUUUCUCCAAAGGUCUGGUAGUUCAGGCAAGCUAAGUGAAAAUGGUGUUUUAUUAGGUCCCUAUGGUUUAAGUAGUGGAUCUUCUCAGAGCCCUCCCCAUCCUCCAUUAAUGGCUUAUAACACACAACAGCAAAGAUAUUUUUACAACCCAAAUACAUGCCAGCAUCGUUGCUGUUGUGGUGGCCAGGGAUCACCAGGAAGAAUUCGGCGCAAUUCUUUUGCUGGUGGUAUGUGUGUAGAUUCAUCACCCACUGCUCAUUUUUUUUCUCAUGGUACUUCUCCUUCAAGUAUGGAAGGUCAUUUUAUACCACCAGAAUUACCGGAAGAAACUCUGCUUGAGAAGGAGCAUAAUGACACUCUUGCAAAGUUAAAUUUUGUGUCCGCAUUAGUAAAAUGUAUCUUAGAAUUAGCCAAGACAAGAAGUUCUCCCCUCUCCUCUGCAUUAACAAGUUCCAUCACACAAACAGAAACAUCUGAUCAAGCAAUGGGUGAUGGAUACCGCAGAGCUGUUCAAUUACUUUUGUACAUGAAAGCGUUACAGCUGAUAUCUUCUGCAUUUCAGUUGUCUCAACAACAAGUUAGAAAUGGACAUUUACAGCCUUCUACUUCUGUUAGAAAUGUUCUGCAUUUGAUGAAAGAGCAUUACCAUUUUUGCUUGAGUAUGUGCAAAAGUCUAAAUACUCCAGGACUUUUGCAGUCUGUUGGUGUAGACCCAGCUACCUCGGAAAUAACAGCAGAUAAAAUCCUUUACAACUAUGCUAUAGAAAUGUGUCAGUCUGCUGCAUUAGAGGAACUGUUUGGAGAACCAAAAGAGAGCUUUCAUCGUUAUCAGACUGCUCAGAUACUAUUGCAUAGUCUUGGCCAACAAGUAAAUGAUCUCAGAGAUAAAGAACUCCUUCAUAAAUAUCGGGAUGCUGUUCAAAGAAGACUGGAAAUUCCUACCAACAACCGAUCUGUAUAUGCGUAUCAUACAACCUGAGGAUCAAGAUGUACUAGUUUUUGAUUCUUACGUGAAAGUUUAAGAAAGAUAUUUUCUAAUGUGAAUAUCUCUCAGUUUCCAAAUAUCUUCUUCCUUUUGUGAAUGAAUAACCUAUUAUAUAUAUAAAAAUAGCUUUUAGUGUCCAUGCAUAGAAAUUGUGUAUUUCACGACAUUUUGUAUUCCAAAAUUUACAGUUCACAUUUUUAUUAUAAGCUGAUUAAAUAUUUACUCUAUAUUUAUGAAAAUCAUACCAUUUUAUUUUUGAACAUCACUUGUGAAACCUGCAUAGUAUCAUUAGUUGGCUUUAUACCACAUUUUCUUUGAUAUGUUUGAGGAAAUAAUAUAGAUAUAAGCAGCAAUUUUAAUAAAGUAUUUGUGUAAGGAAUAGAUGCUUUUGCAAAUAAACUCAGAAUGUUGUGAACUUAUGAGAAGAUAUUUUGAAAUUUACAUGGCACUUUAUUUUAAAUAACUGGUGAGAUGUUGUUUCUGUUACAUUCAAAUGCUGAUAUAACAUCUCUUGGUGUCUAGUAAAUAAACUGUUCUAAUGUCAAUAAAAUUAGUAAAAAUACUCAAAAACAUAUUUUGUUAAUAGCUGGUAAUAUAAAAUGCUAUUAAGUUUUUUUUAAGUCUUAUAACAAAAUUUCCUAUUUUAUAAAAUUUUAUUUAUUGAACAUAAGUUUUUUUAAUCAUUUUCCAUGAACAAAAAUGUAAAUGUGAUUAUAGGAGCAUUUGCAUGAAAAACUUUUACUACUAUAUACUUUCCUCUGCAAAUAAUUUAGGUGUAUCUGAAGGUAUUUCAUUUUAGUAUAUGUAUUUAAUUAUUAAAACUUCGUGGUUUAUACUUUUUUUUUUAAUUUAAUUUUUAAGAAAGCAUCUAAUUGGAAUAAAAUGAAAUCUUUUAAAUAACCAUAAAAGUAUAAAUAAAUAUUUAUACAUCAAUAGGUUACGUAUAGAGAAUGACUAAUAAAAUCUUAUCCUGAAAAACUGAUGUAUAUAUUUAAUAAGAAAAAAAGUAAACAAGUAAAAAUUUGAAUUCUUAGUAGAUGUAAAACAUUAUAACUUAACUGAGGAAAGAAUAAAAUAGUAAUUUUCUCAGAAUAGUGAGUAUCCUUAAAAUAUGACUGUUUUUACUCAACAAGCAUUUUAUGAUGCCAAGAGCCCUUAGUUCCGUGACUGCAAUUAUAAUGUUAGUAUAUCUAUCAUUCCUUGUUGUGUACAUAGUAUUUAUUUGGAUGGCAGUAGUAAAACUAUUUAUUUUUGGUAUGUUGUGGUGAAUGUGAGUGAGUUAAUAAUGCCUGUAUUACAUAAUGUGUUUAUGUGCAUAAUUAAUCAUGUGUAAUUGAUAACAGAAGUCAUAGUUUAUCAAGAAAUGAAAUAAAUUGCCUAUAAUACUCAAAAUGCACAGUAAUUCAGAGUAUUGGUAAUAACUUAAUAAAGAUUUUUCAAUGUAAAGAUGUCUGCAAAAUUUUAUACUUGCAAGAAAAUUGGCAUGCUAACAGAAAAGCUGCUAUGUCUGAAGGUAUUUUUCAGACCAGAAAUAUGAGAAAAAUGUCUCCGAAAACCAAUCCUACAUUCAGAUUCUCAUUUCCAAUUUAAAUUAUUUCCAAUUUAAAUCUAGACUUCAGUUUUAUUUUUUAAUAUAUUUUGGACUAUAUUAAUUUUUAUUAUGUAUAUAUUUGUUAAUCCUCACUAUAAAUAUCGUCUAUUAAAUAAUGUUCUGUUGUUUAUGGGGGUGUGAGGAAAAGAAAAAGUAGAGAUGAUUUUUUUAAACUUUUGUGAACAUUAAUUCCAAUUUUGGAAAAGGGAAGGGAAAAAGGUGAAAAUCUGAAUGAAUUUAAUAUAUUAAAUAUGAAUUUCUGCAGCUUCUCCUCACUCUCAAGCAAGGUAUAAAUGGAAUUUUAUAUUCAUGAAAUUCUGUAUGAAAGAGUUAUUUUGCUUAAAUGCCAGUGAAAUGAAUUUUAAAAGGUUUUAAUUACUUAAAGUUUCUGUGCCAAGUUUGAUCUCAUGCUUUCUUUUAAUGUAAGAUAAAUAAUAUGUAUAUUACUUACCAAAUAAAAAAGAGAGAGAAGUUAUUACUGUUAGUUCAACAUACGAAACAUUUGGCAUUUGUAUCAAUGUCUUGUAAAUAUGUAAACCUUUAUAUUUGUUUUUUCAAAAAAUUAAUAGGAAAAGUCAGCAGUGAUAAAAUUAUACUACUAAUAGUGCAUUUAACAGUGUAAGAGUAUUUGUGUAUCAUUGGCAACAUUAGGGAUGAGGAUGUUUUGUGUCAUGGCUUUUUAUUUUGUGUAUGAACUGUUAUCUUUGUGCUUUCCUCCCCCCCCCCAAUCAAAAAUAAUGUUAAUGUGUAUUUGAGGGUCCACUUUCAAAAAUUUUAAUGAACUAAGUGUCAGUAAUUAACUUGUCAUCAUGAGUUACUUUUUAUGUGUAUUUCAAGACAAGGUGUAAUAUAUUUUGUUGCAGAAAUUGAUUUCUAUCAUAUCAAUAAUUAUUCGUUCU